UUUGAAGCCUGAUGACGCGAAGGUGGCCAGCAUUCGUGAUUGGCCACGUCCUCAGCCUGUGACUGAGAUGAGAUCUUUCUUAGGAAUGACUGGCUACUACAGAACUUUUGUAAAGAACUAUAGCAUAGUGGCCGCUCCUUUGACUGAUCUGACCCGCCCUGACACCCCGUGGGAGUGGACAGAUGAGUGCGAGACUGCUUUCAGACAUCUGAAGCAUGCGUUGACGCACUACGAGGUCUUGAAACUUCCUGAUCCUGACAAGCCGUUUAUAGUCACCAUGGAUGCCAGCCAAUACGACAUUGGCGCCAUGCUCGCGCAGCAGGAGGGGCCAAAGUUGAGGCCAGUCAAGUGCAUGUCGAAAAAGAUGUCGUCUCAGAAGUUGGCAAAGUCCACCUACGAGAAGGAACUCUACGCCCUAGUACUAUCUGAUGCUCUGAAGCGUUGGAUCGAAGUCAUUGAGCAAUAUGACUUCGACCCCCAUCUCAAAGGGGAGUACAAUAAGGUGGCUGAUGCCUUGUCGCGUAGACCUGACUUUUCAGGUGCGCUGAUUACUGAGUUCGAUCUCACGAACAAUGUUACUCGCUCUUUGGUGGAUGCCUAUCGCGAGGAUCAGUUCAUGUCUGAGAUCAUACGCAGACUCCAUGCAAAGGACAAAAAGACCUCUGCCGAGUUUGAGUUGGUCAAUGACUUGCUGUUCCUUGAGAAGGAUGGGAAUAAACGAUUGUGUGUCCCGAGUAGCGAGUCUUUGCGUAGUUUGUUUUUAGGCGAAUGUCAUGAUGCCACCAACCAUUUUGGGUAUAAAAAGACCGCAGCCAACCUGUUGCAGUGGUUCUGGUGGCCCACGAUGAUGCGAGAUGCCCAGCUGUACGUGGAGACUUGUCAAGUUUGUCAACGGGACAAGCCACGUACUCAGGCUCCUCUUGGGCUGUUGAAGACCCUUCUGAUUCCGGAAAGGCGUUGUGAGAGUCUGUCCAUGGAUUUCAUGGAUACUCUGAUCACCAGUAAGAGUGGGAUGCAUCACAUCUUUGUCAUCGUGGAUAGAUUUAGUAAGUAUGCUAGGUUAGUAGCCAUGCCAGAAACAGCAAGAACGGAGUACGUGAUCCGAAUGUUCAAAGAAAACUGGGUUAGAGACUUUGGUUUACCCAAGUCUAUUGUCAGUGACAGGGAUGCUGCAGAGCCGACCACUUAGUUGCAAAUGACUUCUGCGAAUCACCAGAGGCCAAUGGCCAGGCCGAACAACUGAACCGCACUGUACAACACCUGUUGAGGCAUCACAUCA